AUGUCUGUACCAAAAAAAAGAAAAAUUAGUGAAUUAAAUGUUAUUAGUUGUAGUAGCAGAGAACUUCAAAAUUCAUGGACUGAAGAUUAUGGUAUUGUUAAAAAAGGCAAUAAAGCAGUAUGUAUUUUAUGUUCAACCAUGAUAGUAUGUAGAACAUCAUCUGUUAAACGACAUGUUGAAACUAAUCAUAAUUUUCUUUUGAAAAAAAAAAAAAAAUAGUAUAUUCUACAAGCAAUUAAGAACAACAAUUUGCAGACAAAUACUUUAAUGAAGUUAGUGGGUAGCAAUUCAAAUAUUGUUGCCGCAAGUUUUGCUGUAUCAAAUGUUUUUGUAAAGCGCGGAGAGCCCUUUUGCGAUGGAGAAUAUAUUAAAGAUUUGAUGCUGGAGACUGCACCAGUCUCAUAUCUUCGAAUAAAGAAUUUACCCAUAACCAGAAAUACUAUAAAAGAUCGGAUUUUAAAAAUUGCAGAAAAUAUCACAAAUCAACAAUUUGCAAAUUUCAAGUUGUGUAAUGUAUUUUCAAUUUGUCUUGAUGAGAGCACUAAUAUUACUGGUUCAGCUUGA